AUGUCGUACAGAAUCGAGGAAGAAUUGGGGACUACCAUCUAUCCUGGCACAGAAAUCAUGGCUGAUGUGGGCACGCAUCAUUUUGUCAAGUCUUCGGCCAAAUCCAACCGAGUGCUAGUGCCUCAACCGUCGCAGGAUCCUCAUGACCCCUUGAACUGGAGCCGCUUCUGGAAGAUGAGUGCGAUUACCAUCUCCACGGCGACUUCGUUCAGCCAAGGCAUGGGGCCGCUGGCACUGGCGCCCAUGUUUCCGCAACUUAUGGUGGCGUUUAACUCGGAUCUCGCUAGCGUGGUGCAGUUUACCGGAGUUUGUAUCCUGGUUUUAGGGUUCAGCAACUUCUUCUGGAUCCCUAUCCAGACAUCCUUUGGUCGACGACCCGUCCUCAUUUUUUCAACUCUUAUUUGCCUCGUUAGCAAUAUCUGGCGUGCGGUGGCGACUAGCUAUGGGAGCUAUAUGGGGGCAUGUGUGCUUAACGGGUUUGGUGCCGGUCCUGCAGAGACUUCUCAACCCGAGAUCAUCACGGACAUCAUGUUUCUCCACGAGCGUGGCGCUUACAACACGUUAUACUUUACAGCAUAUUUCGGCUCAUUGAUGGUUGGCCCCAUCAUUGCAGGUCCAAUGGCCGAGCACGUCGGCUGGCGCAGUUUUUUCUGGCUAAAUGUCGGGAUCCUGGGCCUCGUUCUACUUUUCCAGAUCUUCCUCUUCCCCGAAACUAAAUGGCACCGCACCCAUCCCGGUGAUGUACACGAGGAACCGAUCACUACCCAUAAAGCUGAUGACUCCGAGCCUGAGAAGCCGGUUGAAAUAUUUCAGCAAGAGAACGUUAAUGUUGAGGGAGCUCCCGAGCAGGAUCGGUAUCUACAUCAUGGCAGUCCCUCCAAGAGUCAGUUCAAGUUGUGGCAGCUGGAUGGCCAUAACCUCAAGACAGUCCUGAUAAGUUUCUGGAUUCCGUGGAAGCUCCUGGCAUUCCCCAUCGUUGAACUGGCUGCCUUUGUCGUGUCCUGGUCGGCCAGUGUCUUCCUAACCUUGAAUCUCACACAGAGUCAAGCAUUUGCGGAGCCUCCGUACAACUUCAACAGUCAAACGAUUGGCUUCUUUAACUUUGCUAUUCUCAUCGGAGCCUUCAUCGGGCUGGCGACCAACGGGCCCUUCUCUGACUGGAUCUCCAUGCGAGCAACUCGCAAGAACAAGGGAAUUCGAGAGCCAGAAAUGCGUCUGCCAGCCAUGGCCAUCUAUGUGGUGAUCAUGAUCAUUGGAAAUUUCGUGGUCGCGUUUGGGUACCAGUAUAAAUGGGAUUGGCGGGCAAUUGUGAUCAUUGGCUAUACUUGCGCUGGCAUCCAGGUCGCCGCUCUGCCAGCCAUCGCCAGCACUUAUGCUGUCGACAGCUACAAGCCGGUUGCUGGCUCGAUUUUUGUGUCCAUCACCGUCAACAAGAAUGUGUGGGGGUACGGUUUCAGCAAAUUUAUCACGCCCUGGGUCGAGCAAGAGGGAUUUGUAAAGCCGAUCAUGCUGAACAUGUGUCUGUGUACUCUGUGGUGUCUCUGUGCGACCAUUUUCUACCUCUACGGAAAGAAGUUCAGGGGUAUGACGGCCAAAUCCUCUGUACAUAAGAUGUAG